AUGGCAGGAGGGGUUAUACUAGACGGCAAUGCCUCUGGAAAAGAUUAUCCCGGAAAGCUUACUUUCCGAGUUUUUAUUACUUGUUUCGUUGCUGCAUUUGGGGGCUAUGAUCUCGGAAUUUCGGGUGGAGUUACGUCUAUGGAUCCGUUUUUGAAGAAAUUUUUCCCUGAAGUGUAUGAAAAGGAGCACAAUGAAUCGCCCAACCAAAAUCAGUACUGCAAAUUCAAUAGCCAAGUAUUAACGUUGUUUACUUCCUCUCUGUACCUGGCUGCUUUUGUGGCCUCAGUCGGGGCAUCCACCGCAACUCGAAUCUUUGGGAGACGACUUACCAUGAUUUCUGGAGGUUUGCUUUUUCUGGUUGGUGCUGGAUUGAAUGCUUUCGCCGAACAUGUGUGGAUGCUCAUCGUUGGCCGCAUGUUACUUGGUUUCGGAGUUGGAUGUGCCAAUCAGUCUGUGCCAAUUUACGUGUCUGAGGUUGCUCCCUACAAGUAUAGAGGAGCUCUUAACAUGAUGUUCCAAUUGUUGAUCACCAUAGGCUUAUUUGUGGCAAAUGUUCUCAACUACCUUUUCAACAAAAUGGAGAAUGGAGAAGGGUGGCGCUACAGUUUGGGUUGUGCCGCAGUUCCUGCAAUAAUGAUAAUUUUAGGUGCAAUCUUUCUUCCCGAUACACCAAAUUCCUUGAUUGAGCGUGGUGAAGAAGAAGAAGCCAAAAGGCAGUUGAUAAAAAUUCGCGGCACUACCAACGUUGAUGAGGAGCUUAAAGAUUUGAUUGCAGCGAGUGAAUCAUCGAAAGCGGUGAAACACCCUUGGGCUUCUUUGCUGACUAGGGCCUACAGGCCUCAUCUCACCAUGGCAAUUGCCAUUCCAGCCUUUCAGCAACUCACUGGCAUGAAUGUCAUAACAUUCUACGCUCCUGUUUUGUUUAAAACCAUUGGAUUCGGUGCCAAUGCUUCCCUCAUGUCUGCUAUGAUCACUGGAGGUACUAACGCUGCCGCCACCCUUGUUUCCAUUGCAACGGUUGACAAGUUUGGGAGACGCACUCUUUUCUUGCAAGGUGGGGCUCAAAUGUUCUUGUGUCAGAUGUUUAUAACAGCGGCAAUUGGAUAUAAGUUCGGAUUAAAUGGAAACCCUGGUGUGUUGCCCACGUGGUAUGCCACAGCUGUGGUGGUAGCUAUUUGCGUGUAUGUGGCAGGAUUUGCAUGGUCUUGGGGCCCUUUAGGAUGGUUGGUACCUAGUGAGAUUUUUCCACUUGAAGUUCGAUCUGCUGCUCAAAGUAUCAAUGUUUCCACCAACAUGAUCUUCACUUUCUCCAUUUCUCAAAUUUUCACCGCCAUGUUAUGCCACAUGAAGUUUGGGUUGUUCAUUUUCUUUGCAUUUUGUGUGGUGGUCAUGAAUGUCUUCAUUUACAAGUUUCUGCCAGAAACUAAAGGAAUCCCAAUUGAAGAAAUGCAUUGCGUGUGGCAAAAUCAUCCCUUUUGGAAAAAAUUCGUGAAGCCGGCUAAGAAACAAGUUGAUGCCAAUUGUUAGGAUGCCAAGCACUUUCUAUUUAAUAUUCCUAGUUUAUUUUGUUCUUAGGAUGGUGUUUUUCUUUUCCCUUUGUGUGAACGCAGCUGUGUUUUUAGUUAAUCGGUAUUUUA